GACCUUUUCAAUUACAUAAUUUAUGAAGUAUCUGUAUAUGGCGUUCCUUAAAAAUCCUCUGACGAGCCGAACCAAUAUGACACAUUAUAUUUAGUGCCAAUCAAUCAAAUGUAAAUAUAUUUAAAUGUAUACGCAUGACAAUUGUAUUUAUAUUAUUAAACAAAACACAAAGUACCAUGCAUAAGCAAAUUUAAAACCACAACAAAAGGCUUAUAACUGGCCUGGAUUGUUAAACCCUGUGCACGAUUAUAAUGUAUGUGUUUUGUGUAAAACCGUACUGGAAAAAUACACAAUGGAAUAAUACACAAGUGUAGAUUGAAGCGAACAAUAAUUAACGAAGAUUUUUUAAGUGCGAAAAGUGUUUUCUUUUAUGUUAAAUUUGUGUAGAUGUUAACGAAGAAGGAACCCGGGGGUGGCUGGGGGUGGAUUAUUACACUCGCAUGUUUUAUUGAACAUGUUUUGUAUAUUGGAUCUAUAAAUACAAUGGGAAUUUACCACGUUUAUAUUAUGGAUGAAUUUAACGAAGACAUUACGGCUGUGACAGUUAUUGGUGCAUUGUAUAUUUCAGUAUCAAUUUCUGGUGCAAUCAUUGCAGUUCUUUUAAAUGAAAAGUUUGGAGAAAGAUUGGUUAUAAUGUCCGGAGGAUUUUUAUUGUUCAUCGGCUACGCCUCCUCAUUCUUUGUGACGGCGUUUCCUGUACUAUAUUUGACCAUGGCUAUUAUACCAGGAAUUGGAAUGUCACUUUCUUAUAGCAGCUUAUUAGUGGCGGUAGAUAAAUAUUUCACUAAACGAAAAUUUAUAGCAAUGUCAUUGGCAAUAUUAGGAGGAUCUUUUGGCAUGGUAAUCAUGCCAAUUUUAAUGGAGUCUCUUUUACAAAAAUAUGGUUUUCAUGGUGCUAUACUUGUCCAUGCAGGGAUAUCGCUACAUGUUGUAGUCUGCGGAGCUGUUGUAUUUCCACUUCCAACAGAGAAUGUUUCCAGAAAUAGUAAAAUUAGUAAAAAAGUAGACAUGGAGUUUUGCAAAGAACCAAAAUUCAUUGUUUAUCUUGUGACAAACUUUCUUUUUAUUGCUGCACAAUAUAUACCUGCUACUCAGCUACCUGACACGGCAGUCUCAAUAGGAAUUAGUAUGGACGAGAUUUCAUUAGCAGUGGCCAUGCUUGGAGUCGGGAGUGGUUUUGGACGGUUGUUUUUUGGUUUUCUCUCUCAUUGUUUUGUUAACCAUGUUAUAAAAUUCUGGAUUAUAUUCCUAGCAGGAAUGGGAUUAAUGAUGUUAAUGGUACCUUAUUCGACAAAAAUGGACCAAUUUCUAGUGUUUGCAGUUUUAUACGGAUUCUUUGAUGGAGGAAACAAUGUAGGAUGGAAUCUUUCAUUGAAGAACCUUUUAGAGCCUCAGUAUUACGGUAGAGCUAUGAGUUUGGCCUUACUCGCAGAAGGCAUUGGAUGUGCAAUAGGAAAUCCACUUACAGCGUUUCUGAGAGAAACAACAGGAUCAGGGGGCAUACCAUAUUUUAUUGGAUGUGCUAUACUUUGUGUCAGUGCUGUUAUUUUAAUUCCAUUUUCAAAUGUGAAACAAACUUUCCAAGAACAAGAAAUUAUAAUCUUUGACGAAACAGAUUCCGAAUUAGAAAAAUUCAAAAUCCAUGAUUGUAAUAAUGAGUAUAAAAUAAAUGGAUCUACAUGUAUAUGCAAAAAGGAAAUAAUUGAGAAAUAAAAGCUUUUUCGUGUUG